CAGCAGCAACAGCAACAGCAACAACAACAACAACAACAACAACAACAACAACAACAGCAUCAACAGAUGUUACUUCAACAACAACAACAGCAGCAACAGCAGCAGCAACAACAACAACAACAACAACAACAAAAGCAACAGUCACAACCACAGCAGCCAACUCCACCUCCACAACAGCUACAACAGAUUCAAUUUCAAAUAAAUGCAGCUGAGCAAACGCCCAAUAAUAAUAGGGCUCCUGAAAUCGAGGAGACUUCUACGAUAACUCAGGAUUUUAUGAAUACCGAAAUGCUUACAGAAAUUAUAUCCAAAAUAAGUAAGUAUAAUGAAUAUGCAAGUCUAAGUCUACAUAUAAAAAUAAAUAAAUUAAAUAAAUAUUAUAGUUGCAGAUACAAAGUUAAAGCUAGAUCCAGAUGUUGUGACAUUAAUCGCACUCUCUGUUCAAAAACGUGUUCAACGUCUUGUUGAACAUAUGAUUAUUGCAUCUAAACAUCGUACAGAAUCACAAACAUUUACUCAACCACCUGUAGAUGAAACAGGUCAUCAUCCUUUCAAGAUUGUGGAUGUUCAUGAUAUUAAAAAGCAAUUAUUAGCAGUUGAACGUGUUGAACGAGAAGAAGAAAGGAAACGAAAAGAAGCUAUACUGGAGCGUGAAAGAAAAGCACAUAUGGGAGAGGAAGGUGGAGAUACAGGAGAUGAUGAUAGUAGACCCGCAAAGAAAAAGAAAAAGAAAGAGAUGGGGCCUGGAGUAACAGCUCGAUAUAUGAGUGAUGAUGUACGUAAUAAAACUACGAAUGAGACAGCUUUAAUGAUUGCUGGUGGUGUUAUGAAAAGUUGGAUGUUAACUGGCAUGAAUUCCCCCAUUACACCUAUUAAAGAGAAGCCAAUAACACCAUUGCCUUUAUCAAGGCAAAAUAGCAAUUCUCUAAAUACAAGUAUACAUGAUAGUACGACCCCAACAUCUGAUGCAGCUAAUACUACUAUAUCUGGACACAAUAAUGAAGAUCAGCCAAGAGGAAGAGGACGCCCUAGACGAAGAAAAUCUGGUAGUGGACCUGAUAUAAUAACAGGGAAAAAAUCAAAAGCGUUCUUAAGCGGUAGAAUUGGACAUGAUGGAGGAUUAUUUUUACCACCUUCAACCAUUGGUCGUCCACAUUUAGGUGAACAUUCAACAAGAAAAGUUACGAUAAGAGACGCUUUAUAUGUGCUAGAAGAUGAAUAUGAAAAUAACUUAGAUUGUGCUCGUCGUACAUUAUUAAGAGCAUAUACGAAUUACUUGAAAUAAAAUAAAAAAAUAAAAAAA